AUCUGAUCAUAGUAACCAUUAUUUAUCCUUCCACGUGAAAAUAAGAUGUUUCUGGAAACACGAAUUAUCCCGUCCGAACGGAUAUUCGGGUAAACUUGUGAGGAUAAAUUUAGUAUAAAAGUAGGCCAUAUUUUAAAUAAAGCAGGAUUCAAACGCAGAAGCUCUUGGAGUAAAAAGGUUUAAUUCUAAAUAUCCGAAAUAGGACAGAGCCCCUGGAUUUCCGAGCCAAACACCCCCUUCCGUCUGCAUAGGCUUCCCAACCUUGGACCAGAAGCAACUAGCGGGAAGGACUGGUUAGUAGGCGAAGUAUCAAAUACUCUGUCCACUCUGCUGCUGUUUGUUUCUCCUCCGUUACAACCCUGCAACUCUUGCUGAGGGCCAAACCUUCGCGUGGCCUGCCGGAGAAGCUCGGAUCGUAACACUCUUAGAAUAUUGUUGUGUAGUAUGGUGCCCCUUAGCAGCCCGCUGGAUCAAACGCGUGGAAAGUACUCAACGAAAGUUUACUAGUUCAUUUCACUUUGCUAUAUAAAGAAAGCUCACCCACAUUUUUGGCAUCAGUGACCAUUUGUUCGCCCUACACACAACACCUCACAAGUAUUUUGCAACAUGUAUUCCAAGAUCAUUGUUGUUCUGGCCCUUGUCGCCGCCGUCAGUGCUCAAAGCCACUACGGACAUCAACAACACUACCAGCCCCAGCACUACCAUCACGAAGAGGAACAUUACGGACCAGUGCACUACGAGUAUAACUACGAUGUGCAUGAUGACCAUACCGGUGAUGUUCAUGGCCAGAAGGAGGCUCGUAAGGACGACUCUACACAGGGCGAGUACUACCUGAUCGAUGCCGACGGUCACAAGCGUACCGUUACGUACCACGUUGAGGAUAAGAGCGGAUUUAUCGCGGAGGUGCACCGUGAGCCGAUCAAGGGAUACCAAGCACCGCAGCCACAGCACCACCAAUAUCAGCCCCAUCAUGAGGCUCCCGCUCACUACAACUAUCAACACUAAAGAAUAGUUUAGCUCUACACAAUAAUGAUAAUAAAUUUAUGAUAUAACUUUGAAA